UCCCCCGCCUCCAUUUUGUUCGCGGACGCUGGGGACGGUGGGAGCAGAUCCAUUUCCGGGUUGGCAAAAGGGGCGGCGGCGGCGGCGAGAAAGAGAGCUUGCCGGGGGGCGAGCAGGGCAGGACGAAGCCGGAGCGUAGGCGGCGGAGGAUUCGCUCCCAGAGCAGCUGUGGCCAGGUAUAUGAAUGACCUAAAGCUACAAAUAAAGACGGAGAGAGAACAGUGCCAACUGGGAGCAGGGCAAGAAUGCCAAUUCCUCCUCCCCCGCCACCCCCACCUGGCCCUCCUCCACCUCCCACGUUUCAUCAGGCAAACACAGAGCAGCCCAAGCUGAGUAGAGAUGAGCAGCGGGGUCGAGGCGCCCUCUUACAGGACAUUUGCAAAGGGACCAAGCUGAAGAAGGUGACCAACAUUAAUGAUCGGAGUGCUCCCAUCCUCGAGAAGCCCAAAGGAAGCAGUGGUGGCUAUGGCUCUGGAGGAGCUGCCCUGCAGCCCAAGGGAGGUCUGUUCCAAGGAGGAGUGCCGAAGCUUCGACCUGUGGGAGCCAAGGACGGUUCAGAGAACCUAGCUGGUAAGCCGGCCCUGCAAGUCCCCAGUUCUCGAGCUGCUGCCCCAAGGCCUCCAGUAUCUGCAGCCAGCGGGCGUCCUCAGGAUGAUACAGACAGCAGCCGGGCCUCACUCCCAGAACUGCCCCGGAUGCAGAGACCCUCUUUACCGGACCUCUCUCGGCCUAAUACCACCAGCAGUACGGGCAUGAAGCACAGCUCCUCUGCCCCUCCCCCGCCACCCCCAGGGCGGCGUGCCAACGCACCCCCCACACCUCUGCCUAUGCACAGCAACAAAGCCCCCGCCUACAACAGAGAGAAACCCUUGCCGCCGACGCCUGGACAGAGGCUUCACCCUGGUCGAGAGGGACCUCCUGCUCCACCCCCAGUCAAACCACCUCCUUCCCCUGUGAAUAUCAGAACGGGACCAAGUGGCCAGUCUCUGGCUCCUCCUCCUCCGCCUUACCGCCAGCCUCCUGGGGUCCCCAAUGGACCCUCUAGCCCCACUAAUGAGUCAGCCCCUGAGCUGCCACAGAGACACAAUUCUUUGCAUAGGAAGACACCAGGGCCUGUCAGAGGCCUAGCACCUCCUCCGCCCACCUCAGCCUCCUCCUCUUUACUGAGUAAUAGGCCACCUCCCCCAGCCCGAGACCCUCCCAGUCGGGGAGCAGCUCCUCCACCCCCACCACCCGUGAUCCGAAAUGGUGCCCGGGAUGCUCCCCCUCCCCCACCACCAUACCGAAUGCAUGGGUCAGAACCCCCGAGCCGAGGAAAGCCCCCACCUCCACCCUCAAGGACGCCAGCUGGGCCACCCCCUCCUCCUCCGCCACCCCUGAGGAAUGGCCACAGAGAUUCUAUCACCACUGUCCGGUCUUUCUUGGAUGAUUUUGAGUCAAAGUAUUCCUUCCAUCCAGUAGAAGACUUUCCUGCUCCAGAAGAAUAUAAACACUUUCAGAGGAUAUAUCCCAGCAAAACAAACCGAGCUGCCCGUGGAGCCCCACCUCUGCCACCCAUUCUCAGGUGAAGCCUGGCUUGGUCCUGUUCCUCAGGAAAAGGAUGGACCUUCUCUUCUUCUCAGAUGGUCCCUUCCAUUCCCCUGAAACCCGCAUGAGAGCUCCUAACAUGUUUCUCCAAUGCAACCAACCCCUAGACUCCAAGUGUCCUCCCAGCUCACCUCCAUCUAUGCAUCUCGUCUCUGGAUUUGGUGAUCAGACUCUUUAUAUUGACAGUAGGAUCUCAAACCCUGCAUCCAUCCUUCCUCCAGCAAGCCCUGCUAAGCCACAUGAGGAACAAGUUUCCGUGUCUCCUGCCUUCCUCUUGGGGAAAGGUGCCUUGUUGUGAUGAAUUAACUCACUGUUGGGGCAGGGUGGGGAAUGGUACUCCUUCCUUCUCCUGUCCACGGUAGGGGAAGCUUGGCAGGUAUAUUAUAUUUCAUCAUUUAGGAGGCUGACAUGACCAGGACUUAUGGGUGGGAGGGGAGCAUUUUUAGUGAAGCAAGAAAGGAGUUUGCCAAGAGGUGAUCUGUUUUAAAGGUCAUAUUUGGAGAAAGGGCAAGGAAUUGGGUCUGCUUUAUUUUAGGGGUAUUUUGUUUUUGUUCUUACCUGCUGCCUGCCCCCACCACCCCAGGGAUAAAUUGGAUAUAAACACUAAAUACUAAUCAGUUGAACUUAACAUUUAAUAAAAAGAGAGGGUGAAAUAAACUGAGGACCAUUUUAGAACUAGUCAGUUCUCUGCAGCAAAGGGACCAGGAGCCAUUUGAACCCUCUGGGACCCCUCACCCCACUGCUUCACGGUGCUAGGCUGAGGGAUGUUUUUCCUCCCCCUUACCACCCAUGCCCUCGAAGGAAAUGUCACUUUUUGUGGAGGGCAUCAUUCAUUCCUGAUUCACAAACCCCAAAAACCUCUGGUGGGAGAGAGGAAGAUAGGGCAUGGGCCUAGGCCUUAACCUCAAUCUUGAGUCUGCCUCAGUCUUUUCUGACUGGCCCCGAAGUUGUCAGUGGCUCUUUCUGUCCUUCAGCCCCUGGAAGGUGCUCCAGGAUAACAAAGAAGGGCAGGUUGAAGCCCCUCAUGGAAGGAACUGGCUUUGUGGCGCUGCAAAGGACUUUUAAGUCCUGCAUGUACUGAAGUUCACAGCCCACCUGACUGAGCAGACUCUUCCUGUUCCUUUCUCUACCACCCUUGCCUUCCCAGGACUGCACGAUUUAACACAGCAGAGUACAGAAGGGUGAAGAAGUGAGCAGAGGCUUAUGAGGAUAUUCAGAUACUCCUCUAUGCCAGGAAGCACAAAGACUUUGUUGAGUUUUGCCUCAGUUCAGUAGAUCUUCCUUGGCAGCCAGCCAUAGGUUGUUUCUUUGUCUUCCAGAUCCCAAAGAGCACAGAGAAAAAUGGAGGUCCCCAGUCUAGGUAGGAACUGUCGUUGGCUGAUUGGAUGAGGACUUCUUUUUUUCCAACAGCAGGAUGGGGCUUCUGGGCUUGACACACCAGAUGCUUUGGUUUUCUACAACUGUUGCUACGUGUAGAGGCUGUUCAGAGCGUGGCAUGAGAGCAAGGAGACCAUGGCUACUCUUUGAAAUGGAUGGGGAAAAUUAGCUUAAAAAUUUAAUCACACACAUCACAGGCUUAAACUGUCUUAGGGACCUUUCCAGUUGAUUGGAUUACAGGCUAGAGAUCUGUGCAUGGUGCCAGGUGAAACCCAAGUCUCCCCAGUGCUAGGUGAGGGAGGGCUCAGCAGGGGUAAUGUGUAUGGGGUCUGCUGUCCUUUGCCAUCCCCUAGACCACAUUAACUCUGGGACAGACCAUGAUUAGGUCUGUCACCAAACUUUUCCCAAUAAUUUUUUAUAUAUCAUUCCUCUUUCUAAUCUGUUAGCGGUUAUCUCCCAGAAGUAUCCCUAGCAUCCUUAAGUAAACAGAACUGCCGGACCUGGUGGCUUACGCCUGUAAUCUCAGCAAUCUGGGAGGCCAAGGCGGGUGGAUCACCUGAGGUCAGAAGUUCGAGACCAGCCUGUCCAACAUGGCGAAACCCCGUUUCUACUAAAAAUACAAAAAUUAGCUGGGCAUGAUGGCACGUGCCUGUAGUCCCAGCUACUGGGGAGGCUGAGGCAUGAGAAUCGCUUGAACCCAGGAGGCGGAGGUUGCAGUGAGUAGAGAUGGUGCCACUGCGCUCCAGCCUGGGUGACAGAGUGAAACUCCGUCUCAAAAAACAAACAAAAAAACAGAACUGAGAGAGGGGAUGCUAGUGGAGGGAAAAGGAGAGAGUAUAAGAAUUCAUACUGCAGCAGAGUUCCAGGGCAGAUACUGACAAGUGACUAAACUUUGACUGUGAAGUCUUCCCAUUUAUUUUUGAAAUGGGAGUCGAUGCCUUUUGUACGUUAUCAAAGUGUCUUUUUUUUUUUUCCCUCCUUUACUCACACAGAGCAUCAAAAUAUCACGAGUAAAGCCAAACCUCCGUUUUUCACUGGGGCUGAUACCUUCCUCCCCAUGGCCCGCUGCCCCUCAAAUUCCUCAGCACUUGGACUGUGUCACAUGGAUAUUGAUUGUGUACUUGUUGUCUCCGCCUCAUGCAAAAAGGCCUGGGUCUAGAUCUAGUCAGAUGGGUUUUUUUCAGAGCAUGUUGAUGAUACAACACCUGUUUCAGUGUCUUUGCCUUAUACAUUAUUUGGUCCCGCUGUUAAUAAUAGAUUUAUUACUAUGUAUAUUUACUAUUGAAGAUGGGAAUGUGAUCUGCAUAGUUAUCGGUCUACUUUCUAUGUUGUAAAAAGCUUCUAAUAUGGGGUUUAAGGUGGGCUGGCUACAAGAGCACUAAAACUCCUCACCUUUUAAACUGCUCUUUUUAUCUGCUUGUGGGAAUGUCGUCUCUUCCAUGGAAGAUUGGGUGGUCUCAUGUUGAGGCUGUUGCCCAGUCCCAUUAACUCCCUUGUCCCCCCGCAGAAGGAAGAGACAUUUCCCAGCUAAGCACCAGGAAGCUGUGUUAAAAGCCCUUGUAUGGGUUUGGUUUUGUGAUGUUCUUCCCUAAUGGGAAAAACUUUAUAGUUGUUUCUUACUGCCCUGUGUGGGAAGCAGGGCGGUGGCCUCCAGUCUUUUAAAUGAGCUAGAUGUCCCUCUUCCCCUUCUCUGGUCACUGAACCUGGACCAAAGCACUUUGAUAUUCCAGGUGUGAUUUUCUCUGUCAUGGGGAUUUGCUCCAGCUGCAGAGCCCCAUCAUUUUCACAGCCUAGGCCAACAGAGUGAGAACCUAGGGCUACCCUAGCUGAUGGAUGUGAGGCUGCUGUCUCCAGGAGCUCAUCCCAGCCCUGCUAACUGGCAGCGGCAAGGAUACUCGUCACCGGCCAUUGCACUGGGGAACUGCCUCACCCCAUGGCUUCCCAACUUGAAACCCAGAUUUACCUCCAGGGAGAGGUGAGAAAAAAAGUUUAAAUAGACUUGCUACAGAGCAACUCAGGGUUGGGGUGUGUUUUAAUUCUCCUGAUCACUUGAAAUAAUCUGUAGGCUGAGUGCUUAUGGGGGUGGGAGAGAAGGGCGACUCCAGGGUCCUUCCCUUUUACGAAGCUCUGGGGGUGGAGUGUGGGCAUCUGAGGCCCUAUGAUGGCACUACACUGAGCUGUCUAUCCUUCUGGAAACCCAUCCUGCAAUCAACUGCAAAUCAAAUUCUUCACAUUCCAGCUACAGUCUUUUUUUCCCCAUUGAAUCUCAGUCCCUGGCCAUGUGGUCAAGGUGGCUUUCUGUUAAGCUAUCCUAAUUUUGGGAAUGGGAGGGGAGAGAGGAGGGCCAUUACAACUCUGCCUUGAAGGCUCAUCUCUUCAAAACAAAACAAAACUACAACCACCAUCAAAACCACAUGAAAAAAAAAAAAAAGAUUAACUGAAGGGAGGGUUUGGUUCCAUUCAACUCCACAUUCAUUGUGCCUUUACUUGUGUUAGAUUUCUGUGCUUUCUUCCUCUCCCUCUUUGAAGCAAUUAAAAUCUUCCUUGAUAACUGCUGUUUCUUUCUACUCUUGUUUCUGGCAACUUGGUGGGUUCCUUCCCUAGUUGUCUUAAAUCUCAUUCCACUGGUGGCAAGAGGGGGCCUAGCCUUCUUUUCUCAUGUCUAAUCUUUGUCCUUUCUCAUGGUGCCCUGCAUGGAAGUCACAGUCAACACUGAAUAAAUGACUAGAAUGACAUGUGUGCGUGCGUGUGUGUGUGUGUGUGUGCGCGCAUCUGUCUGUAUGUGGAUCAAUUUCUUUUGGAAAAUAAUUUAUUGUAUGAUUUAUUUUGGAGUUAUAUUCUGAUUACAGUGCUCCCUCUCCCAAAUAGCAUUGAUUUGUUUCCCCCCUCUAAAAUGUAUAAUCUGGUCUCAGGUUGGAUUCUUUGGUACAUUUCUUUCUUCUGGAUGCCGUGCAGUGUAAUUAAACCUUGCUUAAAAACAAAAAGUGAAAAAUGUGUACUCUUGUGUGGAAUACCGCCUCAAGUGGUGGCACAGAGAGGGGAGAAAACCUUUGCCUCAUAAUUUGGGUAAAUGUAGUGGUUUGAUUCCAGGUCUUUUGAAAAGGUAGAUCUGCUGACUUGGGCAGACUCAUCUACAGCUUCCUGAGGGUCUUCUCUCCUCCCCUCCAGCUGUAUUUUGAAAAUUACAGUUCUAGUUGGCCGGGCGUGAUGGUCCAGCGCCUGUAAUCCCAGCACUUCGGGAGGCCAAGGUGGGUGGAUCACUUAAGGUCAGGAGUUCGAGACCAGCUUGGCCAACAUGGUGAAACGCCGUCUCUACUGCAAAUACAGAAAUUAGCCGGUGUCGUAGCGCAUGCCUGUAGUCCCAGCUACUCGAGAAGCCGAGGCAGGAGAAUCGCUUGAACCCAGGAGGCAGAGGUUGCACUGAGCUGAGAUCAUGCCACUGCACUCAAAAAAAAAAAAAAAAAAAAAAAUUACAGUUCUAGAGUUCUAGUUACCCUUCCUGGGAGAUUCUGAUAGACUUUAUUUUAUUAUUUUUUAUUAUUUUUUAUUAUUUUUUUGAGACAGGAUCUUGCUCUGGAGUGCAGUGGUGUGAUCAUAGCUCACUGCAGCCUCCAACUCCCAAGCUCAAGUGAUCCUCCCACCUAAGCCUCCUGUGUAGCUGGGACCACAGGUGUGUAACUGUGCCUGGCUAAUUUUGAAAAUUUUAUUGUAAAGAUGAGGUCUCUCUAUGUUGCUCAAUCUGGUCUCAAAUUCCUGGGCUCAAGUGAUCGUCCCAUUUCGGCUUCUCAAAGUGCUGGGAUUACAGGCAUGAGACACCACACCCAACCAGUCCUUGUUUUAUAUUUCUACCUAACUCCCCUUUGCGCAUGAUUUCAGGGAACCUAAGAGGCUUCCUGGCCUUGUGACCUUUUCCUUGAAUCUCUUACAAUUCUUUCUACCUGUGUUACACAGCAGAUUCUCAAAUUGAGGCUAAAGGAAAGAAGGGUGGGGACAAAGCAUACAGAAUGUGUGUAUCUGUUUUUAUAUGGGUGUUGGCUGUUUUUCCUCACUGCUUUUUAAGCUGAAUCUUAGCUGGUUUUCUUGAACUUUGCCUUUAGGUGUAAAAAUUCAACCAGACACUCUCUCCUUACUGUGGUCAGCUGACAUCAUAACCACUAAGGCUUAAUGAGCUUAACUUGCACUUUGAUCACUAGCAAAGGUCUUGAAGUUAUUUCUCUUCCUGAUUCAUAAUGGGUGUGUGUAUGAAUCACUCUCACAUAAUUUAGAUAUAAAAACCUAUGAGGAUGAGGGAGGGAGGAGAGAAAAAAAGGACUCCUUUCAUUUUCAUCUGUACUUCCCAGAUGGGCUGAAUCCCUGAUUAUUUGACCCAUCAUUGUUAUUAAUAUGAUUAAUAAACUACUUGUUUAUUGAUUGAA